CCCAUCCGGUAGGGGGCGCUGUGCAAUAUAUGGGCAAAGACCUUGUACAGGAAGCGAAGCAUCGCCGUAAACAUGGCUGACAGUGGAGUGGCAGAUGAACCUGACAAGCAAGCUGACAUAGCGCGUGCAAAGAGUGAAGGCAAAGAGCUGACCAAAGAGGAGAAGCAGCGACUAAGGAAAGAGAAGAAACAGCAGAGGAAAAACAAAGAAAAAAAAGAAGAGGCCACAUCGCAUGAAAAUGAGACAAAGCCUGCCACUUCUGUUACUGCUGCUGCUGCUCCACCUUCACAACCGCCAGCACAGCAAGCUCCAUCCGCAGUGCCUUCCUCCGAGACUCCCGGGCCAGCAGAUAAGCCGACCAAAAGCAAAGCCGAGCUGAAAGCCGAGAGGAGAGCUCGACAAGAGGCUGAGAGAAACUCCAAACAGAGCAAGAAGGGAGAGACAGGCCCGCAGGCCACCGCCCCUUUGAAACCUAAACUGCCGCCGAGCGAGUUGCAGCCAGUGGUGAAGAGGCUUCCCGAACAUAUCCAAGUGGACAACCCUGACGUUUUAAGGAAACUGGCCAAGAAGCUGGAAAGGCAGCAGAUCCCGCUGCGGUUAGACUACGGUUACAAGGUCAGCCUCUUCUCACACCUUCACCAGUACAGCCGCAAAGCUCCUCUAACGCAACAAGUCGGCAUUCCCUCCUCGGUCAUACAUCCUGCUAUUGUGCGACUGGGACUCCAGUACUCGCAGGGCAUCGUCGCAGGAUCCAACGCUCGCUCCGUGGCCUUGCUGCACGCCUUUCAACAGGUCAUAAGGGACUACACCACACCUCCUCAUGAAGAGCUGUCCAGAGACUUGGUUAACAAAUUGAAACCCUACAUCAGCUUUUUGAAUCAAUGUCGCCCUCUAUCGGCCAGUAUGGGCAAUGCAAUCAAAUACAUCAAGAAAGAGAUCUCCAACAUUCCUAGUAAUUGCAAAGAAGACACGGCCAAGUACAAACUGCUCAGCUGCAUUGACAGCUACAUCAAUGAAAAGAUAGUCCUUGCCGCCACAGCCAUCGCACAGUUUGCCAUAGAAAAGAUCAGCGAUGGCGACGUCAUCCUCGUCUACGGAUGCUCAUCGCUGGUCAACCACAUCCUGUGCGAGGCCUUCGACAUGGGCAGGAAGUUCCGCGUGAUCGUGGUGGAUAGCAGGCCCAGGCUGGAAGGCAGGGAGGCCCUGAGGCGCCUGGUCCAGAAGGGCAUCAGAUGCACCUACGUCCUCAUCUCCGUCGUCUCCUACAUCCUCCCCGAAGUGUCAAAGGUGUUCCUCGGAGCUCACGCACUGCUCGCCAACGGCUACAUGAUGUCCCGCGUGGGGACGUCCCAAAUAGCUCUGGUGGCCAAAGCCUUCAAUGUGCCUGUGCUGGUGUGCUGCGAGACGUACAAGUUCUGUGACAGGGUGCAGACGGACUCCUUUGUGUCCAAUGAGCUCGAUGACCCUGACGACCUCAUCGUGACUCGAAAGGGGAAGACUCAGCUGGAGCACUGGCAGGAAGUGCCUUCGCUCGGCCUGCUCAACUUGGUCUACGACGUAACGCCGCCAGAUUUCGUGGAUGUGGUCAUCACGGAGCUGGGCAUGAUCCCGUGCACGUCGGUUCCUGUGGUGCUACGUGUAAAAAAUAUCGACCAGUAAAGGUUCACGUGCUUUUGGCAUGCAAUAAUAAUUAUAUAUACACACAAGAGAAUGGGAUUGUGUUGUGUUUUUAAUGGAGUUGUUUUUCACACUGAAAACACAAAAAACAAUCUAGCCAAAUUAAUAGCCUUAAAAAUGAAAUAGCUUAGUUGGGUGGUGAGAUAAAUAAAAAAAAGAAGCACUUAAAACAGCAUUAGUGUUUCCGAUCCAUAAAGAAACUACAUUUAAAACACUGCCGGCUUAUAAUAAAACCAGUUCAUGUAAAAACCCCAAUGUUUGCGUAAAAUAGGAUGGAAAUCACUGAGGUGGAGUGGCGGCGUAUUCCCUUUUGAGCUGACUAGAGUGACUUGGCCUUUCGUCUCUGUGUGAGCCACAGCAGGAGGGAGAGCACCAGUGUGGAGGCGCCAAUAGCCCCAAACACCUGGAAGGCCGGGAAUUCCCCCUGUUGAAAAAAUGCAGGAUUUUCAAACUUUUUUUUUUCCCCAAGAAAGUAGCAAGAAAAAUGAGAAAAGGGAACAGACUUCUCUGAGACACUUGUAUCCAUGGUAGUUGUCUGCACAGCUGCACUCGAAGAAGCCAGGACCAAAGGGACCACACUGGGAGAACUCCGGACAAUUGACGGCUACGGGUUGAUUCAUUCAUGAGGACGUAAGCAGCUGCUUGUGUGCCUUUUAAAUAUAAUAUAAUAUAAAUGCUUCCAACAGUGGAAAACUUACACAUCUGUCCGGUUUGGUUGCACAUAUUCUUUUGGCCUUUGCAAUGCAAAUUUCCUUUGUUCCAUUCCACUUUUUCCCAGGAGGAAUUCCCACCAGGACAUGUGAUGUCUGCAGGUAAAAUCCUAAAAAAUAUUUCAAUAAACUACUUACUACCUUACUACCUACUAACAUACAUAUGGUAAUAAAAAGAAUGAAUUGAAAAGAGCUGAGAAAUCUAAAUUACAAUACUAUAUCGUACU